UCAUCACCCGUGACUUGGGUUGCUUGCUGCACACAUACACGUACCCGGUAGCUCUGCAGCGCCUGCGCGCGCUAUGUGCGCGACAAGAUCACACUUGUUGCGAUGAGUGUCGAUGAUGCAAGUAUAGAUAGAUGAUCAUGCCUCCGCGACCGCCGCAACCUUCCACGCUCAUACCUUUCCACCAACAGCCUUGACGCCAUUCAUCCCAAUGGUUGCGUCAUACAUCAACUCCAACUCACCCAGCGCUUCGUCACCAAACUCUUGCUCAUUUCGACUUCAGCUCAGGGCACGUCCUGUAGCGCCAUCCCUCGCAAGGACCAGGCUGGCCCACAUUCGAUCGCGUCAAAGCCAAGGUGCAUGCCGAAUCUGAAUCCAGAUUCCACCACGGGCACAAGCCAGCAUUCUUUACAUUACUGCUGGAGAAGGUCCCCUUGCCUAGCCCCGAAGUCAGAAGUCGCAGAACCCCGCAUCAAAGCCAAAAUAUGUCACGUCUCUUUCGUCGAGGUAGCGAAGACCAAGGCCUCUCCGAGGGGGUAAUAGCGCCGAACACCCAGAGCGCAGACGCCGCAGCAGCAGCCCAGAUCACCCCAAGCGCUCGACGAGGAGGCUUUCUAUCCAGUCCAUUCCGGCGAGGGUCUGUCCAAAGCACAGGAAGUGCUGCAAACGCAGAGCCAGUCUCUGCUGGCUUUCUCGAAACAAGCGCUACUUCGACAAACCCCAGCUUAGCGCCGCCCUUUUCAGGUCCGCCUACAGGCCAGCGCUUUUUUCCAAGAAGCCUGACCACCGACGCACCUGCUUUGGCUGCUCAUGCACCAGCCGGUCCGAUUCUUCGCAGGCCUAGCGCUCAAGCUCAUCAGAGUCGAGCGCCGCGGAGCGUGACCUACCACCCCGGCGCGGGCGACACCUCGGGGCUGGAUUAUGCUAGUGAAGGUGAGGCCACCAGGGCCCUUAAUGCUGGCUCAUCAGGAUUUCACCUAGAGGGUCGCAGCUAUCGCUUUCAGCCUGGUAUGGCGGACGGCGGGCUUUACGGGCGGUCUUACACCGCCACACAGAACACGAUCCGCGAUAGCACGGCACAGCUGGCUGGAAUGGCUUUGAUGUCUGAUGAUGAGGGAAGUAACGCAUCGCAGUCUCGUAUCGAGGAGCGAGAUGAGCCUGAAAGUGGUGCAGCAACACCACCCGACGCAAAUCUGGCUUGUGAUUCUCUUCAGAUCGGACCUCAAUCAUUCAAACCCUCGUCGUUUGCCAGCAACACAUCCCAGCAGCGCGGCCCUAGCAAUCUCAGUAGGGCUUUGGAUCUUAAUGGCGGCUCAGCGGCAGCUGUCGACAUUCCAUCGGCGAGCAAUGAGAGCACUCCAGUUGCUGGUGCACGCUCGCCAAACGUCACUGUAGACUCACAAGGACCAACAGACGACACUACGCCCCGAGCCGGUCUCGCACUCGCAGAUCUCGAAGCUGGGGAAGCGACUCCGUUGCUUCGCGCGAACGGAUCUGCUUCAAAAGCUCGAGCUCGUCAAUCUGCGUACGGCGCUGCCUCCUCCGCGAAGAGCAGAGGAUGGUCAAGGUCGGACGCGCGCUCUGCCCAGUCCAUGGGCGCGUCCGCCAUCUCCGUCCCUGGCAUCCACGGGGAGCACGGCGCUGAAGAUGCGCAUGCGGGCGAGUCUGGCUUCAGCGUCAGGUCAUGGCGCGGCGCUCAGAGCGCCGGCCACGACAUGAGUCAGUCCGUUUACGGAUCAGGAGUUCUUGCUGCUGCUAUGGCAGAGGCAGCAGCUGAAGAGGCGCAUGGACGAGCUCGGACACCCGUCGCUCCUGACGCCUCCUACACAUCCCAAGGCCAUGCACUUGCUGUUGGAAGCUCAGAGACGAAUCAGUGGUCGCAGCAAGCCUUGCCGCCCUGGUGGAGGCUUUUGCCGACGGGCCUGCGACCGGGAAAAGGGACGAGAAAGGUGAAAGACAUUUCGAACCCUUUGAAUCAUCUCCGCGAUGCCUUCGAGUCCCUCAAGAAGCUGACCUGGCGGGACGUCGGAAAUGCCAGCGUCGAACCGGUGCGACUAUUGCCCGCUGUCAUCUUGGGACUUUUGCUCAACGUGCUCGACGGCGUUUCUUACGGACUCAUCAUCUUUCCAAACUCGUAUCCGAUCUUCUCUGAUUUCGGAGGCGACGGCGUAUCUAUGUUCUUUGUCACCUGCGUCAUUAGUCAACUCGUGUACUCCCUUGGAGGUUCCAUCUUUCGCGGAGGUAAUGGCUCCAUGAUGAUCGAGGUCGUGCCCUUUUUCCACAUUCUGGUGCAAGGCAUUAUCAAUGAGCUAGGGGACGAGGAUGCCGCAGCAGUCAUCUCGACCACAAUCGUGUCAUUUGCCCUCUCUUCCAUCUUUGCUGGCGUCGUUUUCUUGCUGUUGGGAUACUUCCGACUCGGCGUGCUCAUCGGCUUCUUCCCGCGGCACAUCCUUGUCGGCUGCAUCGGAGGCGUCGGUGUGUUCCUGAUCGAGACUGGCAUGGAGGUGGCCGGCCAGCUCAAGUCUGAGGGAGGUUUCAAUUGGGAUCUGCCGACCUUCCAGUACUUCACUCAGAGCUGGGACAUGGUGGCUCAUUGGGCCCCAGCACUUGGUCUUGCCAUUCUGCUCAGACUUAUCACCGCCAGAUUCCACCACCCGCUGAUCUUUCCAGCAUAUUUCUUGGUGCUGCCAGUGCUCUUCUAUGCAUUCGUGGUUGGUGCCGGUCGACAAACCUUGCCAUUCCUUAGAGAUCAUGGCUGGGUGUUCGACAUCGGCGAUGCCGGCAACACACCAUUCUGGAGAUUCUACACCUACUUUGACUUCCGCAAAACCAGUCUCACGGCUCUCUGGUCGACCAUGCCGACGCAACUUGCGCUCACUUUCUUCAGCAUUCUGCACGUCCCACUCAAUGUCCCCGCGCUCGCUGUCAGCGUCGGUGAGGAUAACCUCGACACCGACCGCGAACUUGUGGCUCAUGGUGUGUCGAACAUCUUGGCGGGUCUGCUUGGAUCUGUGCCAAACUAUCUCUGCUACGUCAACUCCGUCCUCUUCUAUCGCGUGGGCGGCGGUAGUCGCCUUUCAGGUGUGAUGCUCGCCGCUGGUACUGCAGGCAUCCUCAUUGCCGGUCCUGGGGCUAUCAGCUACCUGCCUAUCGUCGUGGUGGGAGCUCUUAUCUUCGUGCUUGGCAUCGAUCUUGUGAAAGAGGCGCUAUGGGACACGAUUGGACGAGUGAAUCGUUGGGAGUAUUUCACAAUCGUGGCAAUCAUUGCGGUCAUGACGUAUUAUGACUUCGUGGUAGGCAUCCUGGUGGGCAUUAUUCUCGCCUGCUGUUUCUUUGUCAUUCAGACGUCCAAGCGCAGGGUCAUUCGGGCGGUGUUGGACGGUAGCAUUGCCAGAAGCACGGUUCGCAGGCACGCUACUCAAAGGCAUUUCCUUGAUGCCGUAGGCAGUCAAACGCAGAUCGUGAAAUUGCAGGGCUUCCUGUACUUUGCAAACAUUUCCUCCGUUGAGGAGCUGAUGCGGCGAGCUCUUGACAUUGCAGCUUGGCAGCGCAACCCCAUUCGUUUUCUCAUCGUCGACUUUAGCUUGGUAUCAGGCAUCGACUUCAGUGCAGCGGAGGCCUUUACCCGCGUGUCACGCCUGCUGGACGCCAAAGAUGUGGUCCUGGUAUUCUGUGGACUAGCGCCUGACAGCGACGUCGGCGAUGCUCUUCGCGCAGUCGACAUCCAUGAGGGAGUCAGGCUAGAGAUCUUCCAGCAUCUGAACGAGGCUUUGGAGUGGACCGAAAACCAAUUUCUGCGCAGCAUGUAUGCUUCGGGCCUUGCUGCGGGGAAACAAUUCACGCAGGCGUCGGUGGCUGCUGGCGAUGGUCUCGAUAUGCCGGACAAGAAGAGAAAGCCCGCAUUCGUGUUGGAUGAAGCCUUUGAAAAUUCUCCACGCAGACAUCAUCUGCAAGAAGCCGCGAUAGAAGCUGCAAAAGGAACCUCGGACGCAAUGGCUGCUGUGCGGGCUGCUGCUGGUGUCGAAGAAGGCGGAACAAAUCCCUCCACGUCGGCUGCCGCUCCCAGCACUCCCGCAGAGGUUGCCAUCCAAGCUCCACCAGUUCCACGUGUGCAGCCUCUUCCUCUCCUCAUGGCAACGUUCCAGGCUUACAGAGAUCCUCAGGCGGGCGAGAAGAUCUUCAUGGAGCUCGCGAAGAGCUUUGAACCUCUUCACUUGUCCGCUGGCGAGACCCUUUGGGAGCGCGGUGAUGAGUCUGACGCGAUGUAUUUGAUCCAGGCUGGCAUCUUGAAAGCUAGGUACGACUUCCAAGAGGGGUACGAAAUCAAUGAGGCGAUGCUUGCGGGCACGAUUGCUGGCGAGAUGACGUUCCUUGCGCGAGAACCUCGCAACACGACUGCUUUUGCGGACUCGGACUGUACGCUUUGGCGCAUGGACAGGAGGUCGCUUUCGGAGAUGGAAAACGGUUCUGCAAAGACGUUUAGCAUCUUUAUACGCAUGCUUUUGCGAGCUUCGAACGAGGAGAGCGCUGGAUUGAUGUCUUAUCUGGUCAGCAGGUUAUCCUGAUAAUGUAUACGAUGGUAAUUUAGAGGCAAGCCCCACAUUCGAUAUCGAGACCGCAAAAGUCUACCUUGUGCCUGACAACUUGCACUCAAUCAAUAGCCACCGAAGCGUACGCG